ACUAGAAGACAAAAAACACAUUUAUAAAGGAGCAAAUAUACUAAAUAUAUAUAUAAUAUAUAUUGAUAUUUGCGCCGCAAUAUUGAAACGACAAAAAAGAAACGCUGCGCCGUUUACGUUUACGUUUAAAGAAGAAGCAACAAAUACGUCAAGCACCAAUACGAAGACGGUUUCAGAGUAUUGGUAAAUACGUAUUAUACGUAUAAAAAAAAUAGUAUUUCCGACAAUAUUUUCGGCGUUAUCAACACCAACACCACCCACCACAAGGCACAGUCGUCCAAGCCACAGCGGAACGCAGAGCAGAGCACAAACAAAAACAACGACCGACUGUAAGAAAAUAAUAAAAUCGAAAAAGAAAGGAAAAGCUCACCGCACACUGAACCAACAAAUUUGAUACGUAGAAUUAUGAACGUAGAGAACCAAUUGACGCCUCUAAAGCAGAUUCGUAAUUUGGUCAAACACGUGAAUAAACGAAAUUUUAAUGAGACCAACGAACAAAUAAAGCAGUUUAUCCAAGAUUACGCCCUCGAAGCGGAUCGUAGCUGUCUGCGAUAUCUGUUCACGGUACUUAACUUGAACGAUCCGUCGCCGAACGUCACCGCACAGCUGCAGGCGAAGCUCUUGGGCGCCCAUUUGCAGCGGCAACUGCAGUGCUCUUCGUUUGUCACAAAUAUAUGCUUUGCCUUCGAUCAACAUUUUGCCAAACAAAAGAGUCAGAAACCAUUUGCACUCUCCGAGCUGGUUGGACAAGUUGCCAAACUAACUGGCAUUAACAAGCUUUGUGAGUGCAUUUUUGCAUUAGCGGUUACCCACAGCUCACAUCCAGAGCUAAGGCAGAGCGCUCGAGAAAAUUUGCGUAGCUCUUUGCCUGAAUUGAUUAAUUCGUAUUUGGGUAACAAUUCAGCCUCAGCAGCUACUGCUAGUGGUCUUCACGAAAUCUCAUUUGAUUUGUUACAAUAUUUGUUGUGCUGUUUGCGGGAGUACGUCACACCGCAGCUGGAGUCACAGUUUUUGAGGAAACUGCGCGAGGAGUUUCCACGUGAGGCGGUGCCAUUGGUCUUAGCGCCACUUUUGUAUCGCAACACGACGACAACAGCAACGACGACGACGGCCGCCAAAUCGAACGACGACGACGAAACUGAUGCAGAGGAGGAAACGACGAACACGAACACGACGAACACCAGCAGCUGGAGCAGCUCAAAUGCAGAUAAUCUGAAUGAAGUUGGCAUUGAGGAUAUCUAUGACCAUUUAUCCGAGAUAAUAUAUACAAAUCAGGGCAAAAAUAAUAUUAUGGACACAUCUUGGAUUAAUUUAAUCCUUGAAAUCGGUUAUGACUUUACAUCGAGCGUUGAAGAUUGCAGAAAUCAUUUGUGUUGCGGCUGUGGAUCACGCGAACUGCAGCCCAAAGAUGUUGCCAAAAUUGUUGGCCUCAUGUGCAGGCGACACUUGUCGCUGCUUGAUUGCAAUGUAAAUUUGCCAACGCCAGCAAAUUUCUGGCCAGGCCAACAGCAGGGCGCAGGCAGCAACAGCUCCAAUGCUUCACAAUCAGGACAACAGCAAAAUUCUACCAAUAGCAACAACAACAACGAUGGCAGCAGCGAAUCGAGCAGCGCGGCCAGUGAGAAAAAAGAUAAGAAGGAGACAACAGAUGCAACACAGACAUGGAAGCCAGAGGUGUUUGUACAAGCGCUCAAAGAGUUGGCGCCACAGCUCAACUGGAAAGAAGUGUGCAUGGAGCUCGACCAUCCAGAGUUUGUGCUAAAGGAUCGCAUCGGAUUGGAUUUGCUGUUGACCAUUUUGAGAUUGUCAACGCAAUCGAAGCUCUUUCCGCAACCGGAAUGCAUUUAUCGUCACUGGUCUAACACAGAGGGUCAGUUGUCGUUGAUAACGACAAUGCUGCAGAAUCCAGAUCUAUUCUCAUUUGCCGAUUACGUAAUCAGUCAGCCAGCAUUGGAUGUGCUAAAGACGCCACCCGAUGCCGAGAAAAAGGAGAUAGCUGCAUGGAAGUCCCUGCACUUGGUUGAGGUGUUGCUGUCGAUUGCGGACAAGGGCUACUACAGUCAGGUGCACGAACUCUUCAAGUUCCCGGCGCAGAAUUGUCCAGACGUGCUAUUCUUGGCAUUGCUGCACAUAAAUCCACCUUUGACACCAUUGCGACAGGAUCUAUUCAAUCAGCUAAUACCCACAUUUCUGGGCAAUCAUCCUAAUUCGAAUGUUAUCUUGGCCAGCGCCUGGAGUUCCACCAACUUUCAGCUGCGGCCAAGUAUCAUGAACGCCAUGUCAGAAUGGUAUUUGCGUGGCGGCGAAUUCGAUCAGGUGAAGCUCUCGCGUAUUCUCGAUUUGGCCCAGGACCUAAAGGCACUGUCCUCGCUGCUCAAUGCACGCUCGUUUCUGUUUAUCAUCGACUUGGCAUGUCUGGCAUCGAGGCGCGAGUACUUGAAGCUCGAGAAGUGGCUGAGCGAUAAGAUACGCGAUCAUGGUGAGCCCUUUAUGCAGGCAAUGAUCAAGGUGCUGCAACGCCGUUGCCCGCAAGUAACGAACUCCAAGCUGCCCGAAGAUCAACUGCCGCCCAAGCAGGCGCAAUUGCUGCCCGAAACGGUGACCACCAUGAUCAAUUGUCUCCAAGCGUGCAUCAAUACCUGCAUGCAGCCGGAGACAGCUGAGAUGAUUAUGCAAAUGGCUGGCAAUGUGGCCAUCCUGGCAAACAAGGCUCGUGCCGCACAGCAGCAACAACAACAGGUGCCACCCAGUCUGGUGCCGCCUCCGCCAAGUAUUCUGCGUGGACAUCGUGGCAUGGAUCUGCCAGGAGGAGGCAUCGUGCCUGGCUCAGUGCCACCGCCACCGCAGCAACAACAACAGCAGCAGCCCUUCUCAGGCAAUCUGAAUGCCCAGCAAAUGUUUGGCCCGGGCGGAAUGGAUCCUUUGACAAACAUGUCCAACAAUCUGGCUGGUCUCAAUCUGGGCGGUCCCAACGCCGCCUUCAACUUCGGCAAUAUGCUGAACAACUUGGUUUCUACUACUCCAGCAUCUCCAUCGCGUCUCAUGACGGCCGGCGCCAACCCCUAUCCGCCGAUACCCAUACAAAUCACGGCGCAACCGCCACCAAAUGUUGGGAAUCUGGGACGUAUGCUGCCAGCGGGACCGCAGCCAGCGCCGACGCCACCAAAUCCCAAUAAUCCAGUCAUGGCCGAUUUGCAGAUGCCCGUUUCCAAGGAGGUGGAAGACGAGGCCAACUCGUACUUUCAGCGCAUCUACAAUCAUCAGCCAAAUCCGACGCUUUCGAUUGACGAAGUUCUCGACAUACUGCAACGCUUCAAGGAGUCCAGUCAUAGACGCGAGCAAGAGGUCUUCCUUUGCAUGCUGCGCAAUCUAUUCGAGGAAUAUCGCUUCUUCUCCCAUUAUCCCGAGAAGGAACUGCAGAUAACCGCUCAACUCUUCGGCGGCAUCAUUGAUCGCAAUUUGGUGCCCACAUUCGUGGCGCUUGGUCUAUCGCUCCGAUGCGUUCUGGAUGCAUUGCGCAAACCGGAAGGAUCGAAGCUCUACUACUUUGGUGUAACGGCGCUUGAUCGCUUCAAGACGCGCCUUCACACCUACAACAAAUACUGUGAGCACAUUCGCUCCAUACCGCAUUUCAACGACUUUCCACAACACUUGAUACAAUAUGUCGAAUUCGGCAUGCAUGGCCAGGAGCCGCCGCCCCAGAAAUUGAUUGGUCUGAGCAAUACAAUACCCUCGUCGGCUAUAGCACAAGGAGCAACUGAACCGCUAUAUCGUGCCAAUUCAAUGCCAGGCAACAUGCCCACUGCUCCGAAUGUACAAAAGCCGCCUGUGGUUCUGUCGCACGCCGCGCGCAUGAAAUCCAUUGCGAACGCCACAAAUAUCGAUACUUUGCUCGUAGCCAAUCAGGAGGAGAAGAUUACUGUGCCGCCAGAGCCCAUACAGGACAAGACAGCCUUCAUUUUCAACAAUCUCAGCCAGCUGAAUAUACCGCAAAAGUGCGAGGAGAUCAAAGAGAUCAUGACCAAAGAGUAUUGGCCAUGGUUAGCACAAUAUUUGGUGCUCAAACGUGCCUCAAUGGAGUUCAACUUUCACACGCUGUACUACAACUUUUUGGAUGCAUUGAAGAAUGCUGAGAUUAAUCGCUAUGUGACCAAGGAGACGUUGCGUAACAUCAAGGUGUUGCUACGCUCUGAUAAGGGUGUGAUCAAUUUCUCUGAUCGCAGUCUGCUCAAAAAUCUCGGCCAUUGGCUGGGCAUGAUGACACUCGGUCGCAAUCGUCCCAUAUUACAAAUGGAUUUGGAUUUGAAGUCCCUGCUGGCCGAGGCCUAUCACAAGGGUCAGCAAGAGCUGUUGUUUGUGGUGCCAUUCGUGGCAAAGAUCUUGGAAUCAUCUGCCAAAUCGCGCAUAUUCAAAUCUCCCAAUCCCUGGACAAUGGGCAUUAUGUAUGUAUUGGGUGAAUUGCAUCAGGAACCGGAUCUCAAGCUUAAUCUCAAGUUCGAAAUUGAAGUUCUGUGCAAAACACUGAACUUGGAACUGGAGAAGCUCAAACCUGUUAUCUACCUGAAGGAUCCAACGCGUCCGCUGUUAAUCGAACAGCAAAUGUCGCAGCCCAAGCCAAAGGUUAUUGAGGCACCACCUCAGCAACAACAGCAGCAGCAGCAACAACAGCAGCAACAGCAACAACAACAGCAGCAACAUCCACAGCAGCAGCAACAACCACCGCAGCCACCGCCUUCAGCUGAGGUCGAUGCACAGGCCAUGAUGAUGUCCAAUGCGAAUGCAUCUGGCUCGGUGUCGUCGCCCAACUUGCCAACAGAUCCCAGCCAGGUGGUCUUGCCACCACCGGAGCCACGUUUCUCCUAUCUGGAGGUGAAUGUCAACAAUUUCCAAUUGAUUGGCCAGCAGCUGGUGAUGCCCAACAAUAUUCCAUUCCUGCACGCCAAUCCAGGCAUCAAGCACAUCGUUGUCAAUGCCAUCGAGCGCACAAUUACCGAUUGGCUGCAGCCUGUGGUGGAUCGUAGCAUACGCAUUGCAUGCGCCACAACUGAACAGAUUAUACGUAAGGAUUUCGCUCUGGAUGCCGAUGAGAACCGCAUGCGCACUGCCGCCCAUCAGAUGGUGCGCAAUCUGGCCGCCGGUAUGGCCAUGAUUACUGGCAAGGACGAGAUCGCACGGGCGAUUAGCCAGAAUCUGCACAAAGCGUUCAUGGCCGCGUUGACGGGUGUGCCGAGCAUGUCCGACAUACAGGCUGCAUCGAUGCAGCUGGCCAACGAGAAUGUCGAAUUGGUCUGUGCAUUUAUACAAAAGACAUCGGCUGAGAAGUCGGCGCUCGAGAUCGAUCGACGACUGUCGACCGACUUUGAGACGAGGAAGAUAGCACGCGAGGAGGGCAGCCGAUUUGUCGAUGCGCAAAUCUUGAGCUAUCAGCAGGAGCGUUUGCCGGAGCCAGUGCGCCUUAAGGUGGGUCCAGCCCCACCGACACUGUACGCCGUCUAUUCAGAGUUCGCGCGCAGUAUUCCUGGCUUCCAGCAGAUGAGCGAUCGCGAUAUUGCUCUGUUCGUGCCCAAGCCACAGGAUCUGCAGCCACCGAAUGUGUUUGCCAACGAUGAGAGCAGCAUGGUCUAUGCCGAGGUAGCCAGCAAAAUGGAGGCAUUCAUGAAUACGGCCAUCAAUGUGCCGACGCUCCAGCUGCAGGCGAGCAAGAUGCACGUCCUGCUCAAUGCUCUGAUGGCCACGCGACGCUUGCGUGAUCAGGAGUCGGCUUUCAAUCUGCUGACACGUGCCGUGGAGGGUCUGACCGAAGGUCUGAUUAACGUCCAGGAUCACAUGGAACAAAUGAAACUCUAUCGUGACAUUCACUUGCGCAUUCUAAGCUUGCUGCACAACAGCUUUGGCGCACCCAAUACGGAGCGUGCGGUGACCAAAUGCUUCUUUGAUAUCCGUGAAGAGGUGCGCUACAAUGUGGAAGCUGCCCGCGCGCUCAUCACCUCACAUUUUGUGAAUCUGAAUCAGUUCGAUGGCAUGCUGCGCGACUGUAUCGACAAUGGCAACAACUAUAUGGCCAUCUCGUUUGCCAUUGCACUGCUCGAACGUCUCAUCAUGGAGGAUCGUGUUAUAAACGUUGUCUCCGACAAUGAGUUCAUGGCCACGGUUGAGGUGCUCGGACGUCUGUCACAACAGCGUCAUCGCUAUCCCGAAUGCAUCGCAAAUGCCAUUGAGACAUUAUGGUCGGGCAAUCUGAACACAAGUGAUUAUGGCUCGUUCAAUCCGGGCGAACGUUAUCCGACCGGCGCAUCGCAUUACAUUCACUCUGGCAUGCACCAUGUCCGGUCAUCUGAGAUGGAUGAUCCGCCUGGCCUGCAGGAGAAGACCGAAUUCCUGCUCAAAGAUUGGGUCGCUCUCUACACUCAACAGAAUCAGCAGACAACACGAGAUGCGCGCAACUUCAGCGCCUUCGUGCAGAAGAUGAACAGCUAUGGCAUCCUAAAGACAGACGAUUUGAUUACGCGCUUCUUCCGUCAGGCAACACAGAUCUGCACCGACGUUGUCUACCGCAUGUUCGGGGAUCCGAAUUUGCCCAUCAAUCAGGCGAAGAACAAGAUAUUCCAAUGGAUCGAUGCCUUUGUACAUUUGAUCGCGAUGCUGGUUAGGCAUUCGGGCGAGGCUGGCAAUCCGACGACAAAGAUCAAUUUGCUCAAUAAGGUGCUGGGCAUUGUGCUGGGCACUUUGAUCAAGGAUCAUGAGAUGCGCGGCGUUGGCUUCCAGCAAGUGGGCUAUCACCGCUUCUUCAUGAUGCUGUUCAUGGAGCUGUGCUCUGCGGACAGCACACUGGAAUCGCUGAUGCACAGCAUUGUGUCGGCCUUUGCCUACACAUAUCAUCUGCUCAAUCCAAGCGUGGCGCCCGGCUUCUGUUUUGCCUGGCUGGAGUUAAUCUCACAUCGCGUCUUCCUUGGCCGCAUCCUGGUCCAGAUACCUGGCCAAAAGGGCUGGCCAUUAUAUUCACAGCUAUUGCAGGAUCUCUUCAAAUAUCUCGCACCAUUCUUGCGCAACACCGAGCUGGGCAAGCCCGUUCAGUUGCUCUACAAGGGCACCCUGCGUGUCCUGCUCGUGCUGUUGCACGAUUUCCCAGAAUUCCUCUGCGAUUAUCACUUUGGUUUCUGUGACACAAUUCCCCCGAAUUGUGUUCAGAUGCGUAACAUUAUAUUGUCCGCAUUUCCGCGCAAUAUGCGUCUGCCGGAUCCGUUUACGCCCAAUCUGAAAGUCGACAUGCUCUCGGACAGCAGCAAUGCACCGAAAGUGUGCAAGAGCUAUAUCAACAAUAUACAGCCAGCCAAUUUCCGCAACGAUCUCGAUUCGUAUUUAAAGGCACGCGCCCCUGUCACUUUCCUAUCAGAGCUACGCGGCCAUUUGCAGGUAACCACAGAGCCGGGCACACGUUACAAUAUGGCCCUGAUGAAUGCGUUGGUCAUGUAUGUUGGCACCCAGGCCAUUGCACUGAUCAGAAACAAGAACUGCGUACCGAGCACCUCAAACAUAGCGCACAGCGCUCACAUGGACAUCUUCCAGAACCUGGCUGUCGAUCUAGAUACAGAGGGUCGUUAUCUGUUCCUCAAUGCGAUCGCCAAUCAAUUGCGCUAUCCGAAUAGCCACACACACUAUUUCAGCUGUGCCGUUUUGCAUUUGUUUGCCGAGGCCAAUUCGGAGGCCAUACAGGAGCAGAUAACGCGUGUUCUACUCGAACGUCUGAUUGUAAAUCGUCCACAUCCAUGGGGCCUAUUGAUCACAUUCAUUGAGCUGAUCAAGAAUCCGAUCUAUAAGUUCUGGGAUCACGAUUUCGUGCACUGUGCACCCGAGAUAACAAAACUCUUUGAAUCAGUCGCCCGCUCCUGCUUGGCCAAAUCGAAUGUUACCCAACAGUUGAACAUGGCCAUUGAUGGUGGAGCAGGCGGAGCUGGUGGUGGAGUUGGAGGCGGCGGCGGAGGUGGCGGCGCCGUUGUCGUAGACAACCAGGAGGUGGUCAACAUUAACUGAAUAAAUGCAGCGUACGGAUUUGCGAGCAGAUAAGAAUAAAUAAAAACGAACA